AUGGCACAACAGCAGAAGCAGCAACCCUCAUUGGUCUGGAUCGACUGCGAGAUGACAGGUCUCGCGUCAACCGACAAACUGAUCGAAAUUGCAGUCAUCAUCACCGACGACGACCUCAACAUCGUCGCCGAAGGGCCUAAUCUGAUUAUCCACCAGCCCAAGGAGGUCAUGGACAACAUGAACCAAUGGUGUAUCGACCACCACGGCGCCUCCGGUCUGACAGCCUCAGUCCUGGCUUCAAAGAUCUCAACCUCAGAAGCCUGCACCCAGGUCCUCCAAUUCAUCAAGUCCCACAUCCCCACAGCCAGACACGGAAUCCUAGCCGGAAACUCUGUCCACGCCGACAAAGUCUUUCUCGAACGCGAGAUGUCCCCCAUUAUUGAACAUUUGCAUUACCGGAUUGUGGAUGUCUCGACGGUGAAGGAGCUUGCGAGGAGGUGGUUCCCAACGGAGUUUGAGAACGUCCCGAGGAAGAAGGAAGCUCAUAGGGCGUUGGAUGAUAUUAAGGAAUCCAUUGGAGAGUUGAAGUAUUAUCGCUCUUCUGUUUUUAAGAACUAG